CGCACGGUCACUCUGCACUUGGUUUUUUUGCGGCGCGAUCCCAUUUGUGGUCAGGUUAAGUUUUUAGAAUUUGCCGGAGCCCCGCCAACGCCGACUGCGUCUUCAAGGAACCUCUUGGGACGCCAGUGCAAAUAAGCAGUUGGAGUUAUCGAAAAAAAACACCCAUUUGAAGCCGCCUACUACAACUCUACAAAAUGCAGUCUCAUAGUAAAAAACGCGUUUGCUACUACUACGAUAGUGACAUUGGCAACUACUACUAUGGCCAGGGACAUCCCAUGAAGCCACACCGCAUACGCAUGACCCACAACCUGCUCCUGAACUACGGGCUCUACCGCAAAAUGGAGAUUUACCGUCCGCACAAAGCCACCGCCGACGAGAUGACCAAGUUCCACUCGGACGAGUACGUCCGGUUCUUGCGCUCCAUCCGGCCGGACAACAUGACCGAGUACAACAAGCAGAUGCAGCGCUUCAACGUGGGAGAAGAUUGUCCGGUCUUCGACGGUCUGUACGAGUUCUGCCAGCUGUCCGCCGGAGGAUCUGUGGCGGCGGCCGUCAAGCUGAACAAGCAGGCCUCGGAGAUCUGCAUCAACUGGGGCGGCGGCCUCCAUCACGCCAAGAAGUCGGAGGCCUCCGGCUUCUGCUAUGUGAACGAUAUUGUGCUCGGCAUCUUGGAGCUCCUCAAGUACCACCAGCGUGUUCUCUACAUCGACAUCGAUGUGCAUCACGGCGACGGCGUCGAGGAGGCCUUCUACACGACCGAUCGCGUGAUGACCGUGAGCUUCCACAAGUACGGCGAGUACUUCCCGGGCACCGGCGACCUCCGGGACAUCGGUGCCGGCAAGGGCAAGUACUACGCCGUGAACAUCCCGCUGCGCGACGGCAUGGACGACGAUGCCUAUGAGAGCAUUUUCGUUCCAAUCAUCAGCAAGGUUAUGGAGACAUUCCAGCCGGCGGCGGUGGUGCUGCAGUGUGGCGCCGAUUCCCUCACCGGCGAUCGCCUGGGCUGCUUCAACCUGACGGUGAAGGGCCACGGCAAGUGCGUGGAGUUCGUGAAGAAGUACAACCUUCCAUUCCUGAUGGUCGGCGGCGGCGGCUACACCAUCCGCAACGUCUCCCGCUGCUGGACGUACGAGACCUCCGUGGCCCUGGCCGUGGAGAUCGCCAACGAGCUGCCCUACAACGACUACUUCGAGUACUUCGGGCCGGACUUCAAGCUCCACAUCAGUCCGAGUAAUAUGACGAACCAGAACACAUCCGAGUACCUGGAGAAGAUCAAGAACCGGCUUUUCGAGAACCUGCGCAUGCUGCCCCAUGCCCCCGGCGUGCAGAUCCAGUCAAUUCCCGAGGACGCGAUCAACGACGAGUCCGAGGACGAGGACAAGGUGGACAAGGAUGAGCGACUGCCGCAGAGCGACAAGGACAAGCGCAUCGUGCCGGAGAACGAGUACUCGGACUCCGAGGACGAGGGCGAGGGCGGCCGGCGCGACAACCGGACCUACAAGGGCCAGCGGAAGCGACCGCGCCUGGACAAGGACACCAACAGCAACAAGGCCUCCUCGGAGACUUCCAGCGAGAUCAAGGAUGAGAAGGAAAAGGGUGACGGAGCUGACGGCGAGGAAUCCACGGCUUCCAACACGAACAGCACCAGCAACAACAACAGCAACAACAAGAGCGACAACGACGCCGGAGCGACGGCCGGGGCUGGAUCUGGCUCGGGAUCUGGAUCCGGCACCGGCGCCAAGGGCACCAAGGAGAACAACAUAUGACGUGGCGGCCGCAAUUGGUUAUAGAAGCCAAUUAAGCGACCGCCGAAGUACAAGCCGCCGGACUUUCCCUAGCGGCGUGUACCUUCCCCGCCCCACUCCGCCCCCGAUCACAGCCCCUGAGCCGUUAUCCAAGUCCGAGUGUCCAGUUGUCGUAUGACCCGCCAGCGCCCUCGUCCGCGCCCGCCCU